GGUACAAGUACGCGCGUAUCGGCGGCGGCAUUGGGCGUCACGCGAGGAGGAGAAGGCGGCGAACACGCGGGCAUCGAGGCCGCGAAGGAAGGGGAACCGGGGAAAGGGCAGUGGGAAGGGAAGGAGACAACGCUUCCGCUACUUUCGUCGGUGGUGCGUGCUCCCUCCUCCUUCUCUCCAUCGCAGGCACAAACGCAUCUCUAUCUCCCUCCCUGCCUCCUUCCCAUCCCUCCCAUGCAUUAUCGAUAAUCUCAACGACGGGAAGAAGAAAGGAUAGAGAAUAAAGCGUAUCAUACCCUCCCUCCGUCCUUCCGGUCGGUCGGUCGUUCGAUCGAGAAGAGAGGAUGACGAUGGAGGGCGUCGGGAGCUGGGACGCCCUCGAGUGGACCAAGAUCGAGCCGGUUUCAGGGUCGGCUUCGCAUGACAUGGCUGAGUUCCUGCUGGAAGUCGAGGAGGUUAUCGUCCAGGGUCAUGGUGUUGUUCUAGUGAAUACAAAUGAGGCAGGUACAUUAUCAGUGACAAAUUUCCGCCUUCUUUUUGUGAGUGAGGUUUCCAGGGACAUAAUUGAACUUGGCACCAUACCGUUGGCAACAAUUGAGAAGUUCAGUAAACAUGUUGUGAAGCUUCCUUCAGCUCCACGCCAGUCUGAUAAGACAUCUUCACGGCGACUUCUCCAAAUUAUUGGUAAAGAUAUGAGAAUUAUCGUAUUCAGUUUUCGACCUAGAACCAAGCAGAGACGUGCAGUGUUUAAUGCUUUGGGGAGAUAUACGAAACCUGCACGGUUGUGGGAUCUUUAUACAUUUAUCUGUGGUCCUUCGAAGUUUGGCAAUGACAACCCAAAACUACGGUUAAUGAACGAGUAUUGUCGGCUUCUUGGGGUGGGGUCUUUCCACGUAUCAAGUAGCACAUUUGAAGAUGUUUUAUUUUCCAUGUCUAACGAUUGGUGGAGAAUUACUACACUAAAUUCUAGCUAUACUCUCUGUGCAACUUAUCCUUUUGCAUUGAUGGUACCGAAGUGCAUCAGUGAUGAAGAAGUACUGCAUGCUUCCACUUUUCGUGCGAGGUGUCGGUUACCUGUAAUUUCAUGGUGUCACCCUGAGACUGGAGCUGUUCUUGCUCGGUCAUCUCAGCCAUUAGUUGGUCUCAUGAUGAAUCUGAGGAGCAAUGCAGAUGAGAAGCUCGUUGCUGCAUUUUGCACGCAAACUGCUGAUGGGAAGGGGCCUCGAAGGAAGCUCUAUAUUGCUGAUGCAAGGCCUAGAAAGAAUGCAUUAGCUAAUGGGGCAAUGGGAGGUGGCUCAGAAUCAUCUUCCAACUACUCCCAAUCUGAGGUCGUCUUUUUUGGAAUUGAUAACAUCCAUGCCAUGAGAGAGAGCCUUGCUCGCCUUAGAGACUAUGUGGACACUUAUGGUGCGACUUCAUCAGAUGGAAUGUCAUCCUUUCUGAGAAAUGGUGGAUGGACCUGGGGUGGAGGUAACUUAAGCAGUAUGUCAGCUUCUGUUUCAACUCUUGGAGACAGUGGCUGGUUAAUCCAUGUUCAGAGUGUCCUGGCUGGUUCUGCUUGGAUUGCUGCACGUGUUGCUCUAGAAUCAGCUUCAGUUCUCGUACAUUGCAGUGAUGGAUGGGAUAGAACAACCCAAUUGGUCUCACUUGCUAGUUUAUUGCUUGAUCCAUACUAUCGAACAUUCAAGGGAUUUCAGGCUCUUGUGGAAAAAGAUUGGCUUGCAUUCGGGCAUCCCUUUUCAGACCGCAUGGGAAUUCCAACAAUCUCUGGAAACAGUACCACACCUUUAGAACUAUCCAGGCAAGUGUCUGGUGGGAAUAUAUCAGCAUCAUCAAUACGGAUCCCCUCAGGAUCAGGAUCCUUAGCCAGUAGUUCAUCACAUGCACAAAACAAUUGCUCGCCAAUAUUCCUACAGUGGGUUGAUUGUGUUGCACAGUUGCUCCGGAUGUAUCCUUGUGCGUUUGAGUUUUCUUCGGCUUUCCUAGUUGAUUUUCUAGAUUGUGUGCUGUCUUGCCGCUUCGGAAACUUCUUAUGCAACAGUGAGAAGGAGAGGCAGCAGUCUGGUGCAACCGAUGCUUGUGGGUGCCUGUGGAUGUACUUUUUCAAUUUGCAUUCUCCUGAGGGUAGCUCUCAUGUCCACUAUAACCUUUUCUAUGACCCGGUGAAACAUGAUGGUCCACUAUUACCUCCGGCAGCAGCAUUAGCGCCAACAAUUUGGCCCCAGUUUCAUUUGCGAUGGGCUUGCCCGAAAGAAGCGGGAGCUGGGGAACUUGAAUCUCAAUUGCGUAUUUUGACUAAAAAAUAUGCUGAUAUGACAAAGGCAAAGGAGACGGGAGAAAUGAGGGCUAAGGAUCUCAAAAUGAGCAUGGAGUCUUUAGCUGCAGAAUUGCAGAAGGAAAAACAGGCCAACAGUUCAGCUUUAGCAAUGGCUAGAAGAGCCGGCAGGGAGAGUCUAGCCAUAAAACGGGCCAUACAGUCGCUUGGAUGUAAGGUCCACUUGUCCAGUAAUGGAAACCAUGCAGCUGAUUUUGGAAGUACACUGCUAGAAACAAGGGAGGUAUUAAAUUCUUUCAGAGGAGAGACUGAUGCUGGCGGGCAACCUGAUGAAAAGGCAGAUUUCUCGGUGACCAUUUCUGCUAUUGAGGACAGCAUGGUUCCUGACCACCCAAUCAACGAGGUAUGCGAGUCCUUGUGUCCUUUCCGCACAAGGGAGGGUUGCAGGUGGCCGGAUGCUGGAUGUGCGCAACUUGGUAGCCAGUUUGUUGGACUGAAGGCAAAUUUCGAUGCAUUCGAUCGGCUUUCAAUUUAUGAUCGCUAUUUUGGAUCGGAGUAGGAUGUCCAGAAUGUCAGGUUCUCCAUUCCGCCUAGGAAUUUAUUGCAUGCAGUGGACGCUAGAAGCGUCAUCGGUACAUAUUCAUGCACAUAAUAUUUGAUCAAAGAAGUUACUAGUGACGUUGUAGCACCUCAAUUUGUGGGUCGGAUUUUAGGUGGAGCCACAGAUUAUGGUUUGCAGAUAGGCAAGCUUGAAGCAGAAGUACCCAUUAGAAGGUUCAAUUACGUGCAUAGAAGGCCAUCUGGGGAGCAUGACAAGAUGUUCUCAUGCGCUGGAACCUGGAAGUAUCGUCAGCUUCUUUUUUUUUUUGACACAUAUGGGGGUCGUUGGUCGGUUUUGAUUGUACAUACUAUUGUAUUUUUUUUUUCAAGCCGAUGUAUAAACUCUGCAUGGCUAAUAGAUCAAUGUUGAAUGAAAAUCGACUUGGGUUGAGAACCGAAC